CCCCGCCCCGCCCCGCCCCGUCCGUCGGUAGCGGCUCCGCCGGGCGCCGCCGCCGCCGCCAUGGACUGAGCGGCACCAUGGGCGCCAAGGAGUCCCGCAUCGGCUUCCUCGGCUACGACGAGGCGCUGCGGAGGGUUACAGACAUAGAGCUGAAGAGGCUGAAAGAUGCUUUCAAGAGGACUUGUGGCCUCUCCUAUUAUAUGACCCAGCAGUGCUUCAUCAGGGAAGUUCUUGGUGAUGGAGUCCCUCCAAAAGUUGCUGAGGUUAUCUACUGUUCAUUUGGAGGAAUAUCCAAAGGGCUGCACUUCAAUAACUUGAUAGUUGGAUUAGUUCUGCUCACGAGAGGCAGAGAGGAAGAGAAAACAAAAUAUAUCUUCAGUCUCUUCUCUAACGAGUCUGGGAGUUAUGUGGUCCGGGAUGAGAUGGAGAAGAUGCUGCACGUGGUUGAUGGGAAGGUCCCAGAGUCACUCAAGAAAUGCUUCUCUGAGGGUGAGAAGGUGAACUACGAGAAGUUCAGGGCUUGGCUCUUGCACAACAAAGACGCCUUCACGUUCUCGCGGUGGCUCCUGUCGGGGGGCGUCUACGUGACCCUCACCGAUGACAGUGACACCCCCACCUUCUACCAGACCCUGGCUGGAGUCACCCACUUGGAAGAGUCCGACAUCAUCGACCUGGAGAAGCGCUACUGGCUGCUCAAGGCUCAGUCCAGGACGGGACGCUUUGACCUGGAAACGUUUGCCCCCUUGGUUUCCCCUCCGAUUCACCCCUCUCUGAGUGAAGGUUUGUUUAAUGCUUUUGAUGAAAACCGAGACAAUCACAUAGAUUUUAAAGAAAUUUCCUGUGGGCUCUCAGCAUGUUGCAGGGGACCCUUGGCAGAAAGACAGAAGUUUUGCUUCAAGGUGUUUGACGUGGACAGGGACGGGGUGUUGUCUCGCACGGAGCUGAGGGACAUGGUGGUGGCGCUGCUGGAGGUGUGGAAGGACAAUCGGACGGAUAAAAUACCCGAGCUGGACAUGAGUUUGUCUGAAAUCGUGGAAGAUAUUUUGCACACCCACGACAACACAAAGCUCGGACACCUCACCCUGGAGGACUACCAGAUCUGGAGUGUGAAGAGUGCGCUUGCCAAUGAGUUUUUAAAUCUGCUCUUUCAGGUGUGUCACAUCGUGCUGGGGCUGCGACCUGCCACCCCCGAGGAGGAGGGACAGAUCAUCAGGGGCUGGUUGGAAAGAGAGAGCAGGUACGGCCUCCAGCCAGGGCACAACUGGUUUCUCAUUGCUAUGCCCUGGUGGCACCAGUGGAAAGAAUAUGUCAAAUAUGAUGCAAACCCUGUUGUGAUAGAACCUUCAUCUGUCCUGAGUGGAGGUAAGAAUUCCCUCCUAGCUGCUCCAGCCAAUCCCUCAGAACAGGGAGAAGACAAAGUGGGAGGUCUUAAUUACUGCAGUGCAACAGAAGAAAAGUUUUCAGAUAAUAUUUCUACUGCCUCAGAAGCCUCAGAGUCCACCAGCAGCAACUCCCUCUACCCCAGCUCGGAGGGCUUUGCCAGGCAGCACAACACUUCAGACAACAACAACCAGUGUGUGCUGGGCCCCAGCGGGAGUGCUCUGCUGCAGCUCAACCCUCAGAAACCUGGAGCCAUCGACAACCAGCCCCUGGUGACGCAGGAGCCAGUGAAGGCUGCAUCACUAACAAUGGAGGGUGGGAGAUUAAAGAGAUCUCCACAGCUGGUUGAAGGCAAGGACUAUGUGAUGGUACCAGAGCCAGUUUGGAGAGCACUUUACCACUGGUAUGGAGCAAAUCUGUCCCUGCCCAGGCCGGUGAUCAAGAACAGCAAGACCAACGUGGCGGAGCUGGAGCUGUUCCCGCGGUACCUGCUGUUCCUGCGGCAGCAGCCGGCCACCCGCACCCAGCAGUCCAACAUCUGGGUCAAUAUGGGUAUGAUGAGCCUCAGAAUGUUCCCUCAGCACUUACCCAGAGGGAAUGUCCCUUCUCCCAAUGCUCCUCUCAAGAGGGUCUUGGCUUACACUGGCUGCUUCAGCCGCAUGCAAACCAUCAAAGAGAUCCACGAGUACCUGUCCCAGCGGCUGCGCAUCAAGGAGGAGGACAUGAGGCUCUGGCUCUACAACAGUGAGAACUAUCUCACCUUGCUGGAUGAUGAAGAUCACAGGCUGGAAUAUCUCAAAAUCCAGGAUGAGCAGCAUUUGGUAAUAGAAGUUCGGAACAAGGACAUGAGCUGGCCAGAGGAGAUGUCUUUUAUAGCAAACAGCAGUAAAAUAGACAGACACAAAGUUCCUACUGAAAAGGGUGCUACAGGACUGAGCAAUCUGGGGAACACGUGUUUCAUGAACUCCAGCAUCCAGUGUGUCAGCAACACACAGCCUCUCACUCGCUACUUCAUCUCAGGAAGGCAUCUCUAUGAACUCAACAGGACAAAUCCCAUAGGAAUGAAAGGCCACAUGGCCAAGUGCUACGGGGAUCUGGUUCAGGAGCUGUGGAGUGGGACCCAGAAGAACAUUGCCCCCCUAAAGCUGAGGUGGACAAUAGCAAAAUAUGCUCCAAGAUUUAAUGGCUUCCAACAGCAAGACUCCCAGGAGCUUCUGGCUUUCCUUCUGGAUGGGCUCCACGAGGAUUUGAACAGAGUUCAUGACAAGCCAUACGUCGAACUGAAGGACAGCGAUGGGCGACCAGACUGGGAAGUGGCAGCAGAGGCCUGGGAAAACCAUCUGAGAAGAAACAGAUCCAUUGUUGUAGAUUUAUUUCACGGGCAGCUCAAGUCACAAGUGAAAUGUAAAACCUGUGGCCAUAUAAGUGUUAGGUUUGACCCCUUUAAUUUUUUAUCCUUGCCUUUGCCAAUGGACAGCUACAUGCACCUAGAAAUUACAGUAAUUAAAUUAGAUGGUACCACUCCUGUUCGAUAUGGCCUGAGAUUGAACAUGGAUGAAAAGUACACAGGGUUGAAAAAACAGUUAAGUGAACUCUGUGGGCUCAAACCAGAGCAGAUUCUGCUUGCAGAGGUGCACAGCUCCAAUAUAAAGAACUUCCCUCAGGACAACCAGAAGGUGAGGUUGUCAGUGAGCGGGUUCUUGUGUGCGUUUGAGAUCCCCAUCCCAGGAUCCCCCACAUCAGCGUCCAGCCCUGUGCAGACAGACAUCUCCACUGGACCCUCAGCUAACGGAGCCCCCACCAUCCUGAUGAACGGGGACCUUCCCAAGCCCCUCAUUCCCAACGGGAUGCCGAGCACGGUGGUGCCGUGUGGGAGCGAGCGCAGCCCGCCCGGCUGGGCCCUCAACGGCCACGUGGCCUCGCUGGCUGACAGCCCCUGCACGGGCUACAUCAUUGCAGUGCACAGGAAAAUGAUGAGGACAGAGCUGUACUUCCUUUCAUCCCAGAAGAACCGCCCCAGCCUCUUUGGGAUGCCCCUCAUUGUCCCCUGCACGGUGCACACCCGGAAAAGGGACCUGUACGAUGCCGUGUGGAUCCAGGUGUCCAGGCUGGCCAGCCCCCUCCCUCCCCAGGAGGCCAGCAACCAUGCCCAGGACUGUGAUGACAGCAUGGGGUAUCAGUAUCCCUUCACCCUCAGGGUAGUUCAGAAGGAUGGAAAUUCUUGUGCUUGGUGUCCGUGGUACAGGUUCUGCCGGGGCUGUAAGAUCGAGUGCUCGGAGGACAGAGCCUGUGUGGGCAACGCUUACAUAGCCGUGGACUGGGACCCCACCGCCCUCCACCUGCGCUACCAGACCUCCCAGGAGCGGAUCGUGGAGGAGCACGAGAGUGUCGAGCAGAGCCGGCGGGCGCAGGCCGAGCCCAUCAACCUGGACAGUUGUCUGCGAGCCUUCACCAGCGAGGAGGAGCUGGGGGAGGAUGAGAUGUACUACUGCUCCAAGUGCAAGACCCAUUGUUUGGCCACCAAAAAGCUGGAUCUCUGGAGACUUCCCCCUAUUUUGAUCAUUCACCUGAAAAGGUUUCAGUUUGUAAACGGCCGCUGGAUAAAAUCCCAGAAAAUCGUCAAAUUUCCCCGGGAAAAUUUUGACCCAAGUGCCUUUUUGGUACAAAGGGAUCCAAGUCAUUUCCAAAGGAAGGCGCUGACGCUCCAGGUGGAGCCGGAGCCGCGGAACCUCCCAGGGGAGCCCAGGAAAACAGAACUGCAGGGCUCUGGCACACCAGGGGAGGGGGAGACACUCAACAGGAGCCCCUCCUCCCUCAACACCUCUGUCCUGAACAGUGUCAAAGCAUCUCCAUCCCUGGGGAGGAAAGGUGGAACCAGCUGUCCCUCGAGUAAAAACAGCAGCCCAAACAGCAGCCCGAGGACUUUGGGGAGGGGCAAAGGGCGGCUGCGACUGCCCCAGCUGGGCAAGAACAAACUGUCCAGCAGCAAAGAGAACUUGGAUGUGAACAAGGAGAACGGUACCGAGCCCGAGCAGGGCGAUGCCCUCAGCAAGGGGCAGGCCCUGGGGGGCAGCCAGAGUGAACUGUGCGGUGCCCAGGACAGCGAGGGCCCUCUGGCCAACGGGUACCUGUGCGAGCAGAGCUCCUUCAGCAACGGGCUGGGCGGGCAGGGGGACACCCACAGCGAGGACGACGGCGCCGACGACCAAAGAGAGGACGUGUGUGCGAACCCCAUCUACAACCUUUAUGCAAUCUCGUGCCAUUCAGGAAUUAUGGGAGGGGGUCAUUACGUCACUUAUGCCAAAAACCCGAACAACAAGUGGUACUGCUACAAUGACAGCAGCUGUAAGGAGCUGCACCCGGACGAGAUCGACACGGACUCUGCCUACAUUCUGUUCUACGAGCAGCAGGGGGUGGACUAUGCCCAGUUCCUGCCCAAGAUCGACGGCAAGAAGAUGGCAGACACGAGCAGCAUGGACGAGGACUUCGAGUCCGACUACAAGAAGUACUGCGUGCUGCAGUGAGGAGGGGCUGCCCGGCCCGGGGGG